UUACUUCAUUUUAUGACAACGAUUUUUUAUUAAAGUCGGCUUCAGGAAAAUAACCAAAAUGGAUACGUGCAGUUUGUGUAAGAAUAAGUAUUCCAAACUAUUUAAUCCCAAAGAAAGAGUACUAGGCACACAAUUGUCUAGUAUAAUAAACUUUAUAAUUGGUGAUCAUGUUGAGUUCCCUCCAAAAUACCUUAUCUGUGCCGGCUGUUCGGCGGGUCUUAUAAAAACAGAAAUUGUUUUGGAACGUCUCUCAAAAUCCUUGCCUAGCACAAGAAAAAAUCAGAAAGGCCGUUUAAAUAUCGCCUCAUCACACAACGAGCAGGAAGAAAACAAUGAUGAACCGGAUGACCAAAGUAAUGAAAAAGCGAAUGAAGAAGUUGGCAUGAAUGACUCCUGGACGUUUCAUUGUACGCACUGUGAGUUCACAACAAAAAAAGCCAAAAUAUACAAAAGGCACCUUAUUAAUAAGCAUCAGGUAGAUAAUCCACGAAUCUAUCAGUGCAUGCAUUGCCAAGAAACAUAUCAGCGCAUCAAUGGUAUACAAAAUCACAUUGCAUGUGUUCAUAACAAUAAACCACGUCCGAAACGCCAGCGACGUAAAACCAUUGCCUUUGAUGCUCCGUCCGUACUAAGCAGCACGACCAUCCAAAAUCAACUGGACAAUGAGAUUUCAAUUGUUAACACUACUAACGAGCACAGCCAAGCUGAUGACCCGAAUGCCGCUACAUCAACAACAACAACAACAACCCGAAUGCAUCUUUUCUAAAU